ACCCUGCGUCGGGCAUUGUCGCUUAAUCGGUUUCCCGCAUUCUGCGCUACCCUUAUUGGUGGCUCGACUCUGUUGCAAUUGCCUCUCAGAACACUUGCUUGCCAGAUCGGCGGCUUGCGUGGACUUGGUGGCAGAUAUAUCAGACUGUUCGUCAACUUCAGUGCUGCACUCAUCUCGGCGUCUGCAGCCUUCAGCUUGCUCAACAGUCGGCCUCAUAAUGGCUCUGUCACCCCGGCUCAGACCACUCCUCUCAGCCAUCUGGACAUUGUCAAUCCUAGUCCGUUCGACGAGCCUCCCGAGAGCGGCUUGAGAGAAGUAGAUGAUGCCACACUCAAUGCGAAGUCGUUGUCCCGAAUGGAUCUUGCGGGCAAGACCAUGGAUUUGACGCUUUUUGCAGCUAUCCGAGCUGGUGAUGUGCUGAUCAGUCAAGCGUGCAACAGACUGCCCUCGAGCAGAGCUGGGCAAGUUGUUUCACGUAGCACACCUACUGUCUUGUUUUGCUUCUCCGCUGCCACUGUUAUGCAUGCUUGGUUCUACAGUCCUAGUCGCCUUCCUCAGACUUACAACAGAUGGAUUUCUGCAGCCGCUAAUCUUGACCACCGUCUUCUGCUCGCGUUGCGCCAUGCACGAUACGGUACAUGGAUCUAUGGCAAAGAUACGGGCAUGGCCUCUCUACUAGGCUCUAUGUGUCGUGACUACGGACUUGCCGAAGAGCUCGGCGAUCCUGCGAAGACAAUACCUAUCCCGUGCGAACUUGUUCACAUGGGAUGUGGUAGGAGUUGCGAAAAGCAUGCCUUGAUCCGAUUCUGGAGGGGGUGGGUAUUCGCAGCUCGGAUGUACGCCCCCCUGCAGUUCAUCGUCCUCGCUCGGCAUGUGAAGAGGACCGGUCGAACGGGAGAUCGACUGGUAGGGCUGAACCGGUCAGUCGUGAGCAAGGCCCUCGUGGACACUACGCGAAGCUCGGCAUUUCUUGGGGCGUUCAUUGCCUUCUUCUACUAUGGCGUGUGCCUCUCACGGACUCGCCUCGGCCCGAAACUUUUUACCCUCAAGACAGUCACACCACAGAUGUGGGAUUCAGGAUUGUGCGUGCUCGGAGGGUGUCUUCUAUGCGGAGCCAGCAUCCUAGUGGAACAGCCACGGAAACAGCUAGAGAUUUUGUUCUUCGUCUUGCCGAGAGCAGCGGCGACAUGGUUCCCGCGACGCUACCUUCCAGAGCACCAGUGGAAAGAGCAUCUAACUUUCGCAUUGAGUACCGCUGUCGUGCUCACGGCAGCCCAAGAGGACCCAAAGAGCGUACGUGGCGUUCUCGGCAACUUACUCAACGCUGUUCUCAAGACCGAUUGA